AUGGCGGUUAAUAUCUUAAAUAGCAGGGCAGAUAGCCUUCAGUCAGUUGCAGCACUGGCAACGAACAUACACGCAGCAAAAAGCCUGUUCGAUAUUCUUAAAACCAAUUUGGGACCCAAAGGGACAUGUAAAAUGUUGGUAAAUGGAGCAGGACAUAUAAAAAUCACCAAGGAUGGUAGCGUAUUAUUGAGCGAAAUGAUGAUCCAACACCCGACGGCAAUGAUUCUCUGCAGAGCAGCCUCAGCAAUGGACGAAGUUACAGGAGAUGGAACAACGAGCAAUGUUUUAUUUUCAACAAGCUUGAUGAAAAACGCAGAAGAAUAUAUUUUGUACCAGAACGUACACCCGAAAUAUUUAUGUGAUGGAUUUGACCUCAGCCUUAAGAAGCUGGCAGAUAUCCUACCCACACUCGCAGUAACGAUCUAUGAUAGGACAGGAACUAGCGAUGAUAGAACCUUGGAGUCAGGAAGAAUAGAUUGGGAGUUGAUGAGUAACAUAGUGAAAACAUCAAUAGCGACAAAACUACCAUAUAAGCUGGCUAUACACAUUGCAGAACAAGUACUCGAGUCUGUGAAAAUAAUAUACGAACCAGGAAAACAACUUGAUCUUUUCAUGGUGGAAGUGUUACACAUGAAACAUCGUUUUGCAUCAGAAACGAAACUAAUUAGAGGAAUGGUGAUGGACCAUGGAACACGUCAUCCUGAUAUGCCCAAAAAAGUCACAAAAGCCUUUAUCUUAACACUAAACUGCAGUUUGGAGUAUGAAAAAUCUGAGGUAAACUCCGGGUUCUUCUACGACACAGCUGAGAAGCGAGAAGCGCUCGUUAAGUCUGAACGUGAGUUCACAGAUGAAAAGGUUAGGAAAAUAAUCGAGUUGAAACAAAAGGUCUGCUCAGAAAACGAUCACACCUUCUGCGUUUUCAACCAAAAGGGAAUCGACCCAAUGGCCCUGGACAUGAUGGCAAAGGAGGGAAUAAUGGCACUACGUAGAGUCAAAAGACGUAAUAUGGAACGUCUUACACUUUGCUGUGGAGGAAAUCCUUGUAAUUCAGUAGAAGACCUUAAACCGGAAGAUUUGGGAUAUGCAGAUCUUGUGUACGAGGUGGUCGUUGGAGAAGAAAAAUAUACCUUUGUUGAAGGAGUAAAAGAUCCCAAAAGUUGUACACUCCUAAUCAAAGGAAGCAGUGAUUAUAGUAUAAGCCAAAUUAAAGACUCAAUUAGAGAUGGACUUAGAGCAGUUAAAAACGCAAUCGAAGAUAAGAAAGUACUUCCAGGAGCUGGAGCUCCAGAAUUAGUUCUGUACAAUCAUCUUAUGGAAUAUUCUAAGGAGGUUAGAGGAAAGGCGAAGUAUGGAGUGAUGGUUUUUGCAGAAAGUUUACUUGUAUUACCAAAAGUGCUGGCAGAUAACGCCGGAUUAGACGGAAAGGAAGUGGUGUUGGAAGUUUUGGAUCAAAUAAGGGAAUCAGGAAGAACACUAGGACUCGAUCUAGAGACUGGAAAGUACUUGGUUCCUUCAGUAGAUGGAGUCUGGGAUAAUUAUAGCGUUAAGCUCCAAACUUUUACCAUCGCAACCACUGUAGCAGAACAACUACUACUGGUCGAUGAAGUUAUUAAGGCUGGAAGGUCCAUGCAUAAUGCCCCUUCAUGA